AUGGCGUCCUUCCCCCGCGCCAAAGUAGACUCGUCCACCCAGACGGACCCUCCCCUACCCUUCACGGCGCUCCUCGACCGAACCCUCGACAGGGUCGAGGCCACCGUUCCCCUGAACCUCUCCUCCAUAACCUUCUACAUCCGCCGCCACCAUCUCUCGCGGAUAGAGCAGAUCGAAGCCCUCCUCUCCGAAAACUUCUUCUUCAAAGCCGUCCUCUUCCGUAUCGGUCUCCGACCCCAACACAUCUUCUCCUUCCUCUGUCUCCUCACCCUCUACGGCUGCCGCCAACUCUACCGUCGGAGCGUCUAUCUCACCACCAACCUCUGUGCGGUCGCCUACCCAGCCUACUGCUCCAUCAAAACCAUCAACAGCGAGCCCAUUGCCCCUCCGCGCGGUCUCGGCCUCGAACCAACAGAGUAUGGCCCCCUCUACUCUGCCCGCCGACCCAAUAGCACUUACAGCAGCAGCGGCAGCAUCCGGUCCGGUCGGCAGCGCUCGCGAAGACAGCGUAACAGGAUGAGUAACUCCAUGAACGAGGACUCGAUGCAGAGCAGCAACUCCUACAGCAGCAGCCAAGAGGACUUUGACGACAGCCGACGUUCAGAGGCCUCUUCUUGGGGCCGACCAUCGGACUAUUCCAACUACUCAGAGGACAAUAUCACCUCGACCAGUUACUCUGGCUCCAUGACAGUCGAGGAAAAGAUGAAGCAAAGGAUGCGCCGUCGAUGGGCCAAGUUUUCGCAGACACGCAAGGACAAGGCAACGCGACAAUGGCUCGCCUACUGGAGCAUCUACGGAACCGUCCAAGUGAUCGAUACAUGGUCGUCAUUCCUGCUCGACUGGAUCCCGGGUUACAAUCUCGGCAAGCUCUUGUUCCUCUGGUGGGCUCAACGCCGUGGCGCCACACUCGUCUUCGAUUACUUCCAACCACUGAUCCAGUCUAAGAACAAGGAUGGCCGUGAAGUCGCCCGGAAGCCUAGCAACCGCAGUCUGAACUCGGAAAUGUCGCGUCAUGAACGUGGCGGUUCGUCAGGUGGACCUAGCGGAUCGAGACCUACAAGUAUUCAGAUGCUACCUUCGGCCUUGGCGCAGCAACACCAGCAGCAACACCAGCAGUACCAGCAGCAGCAGCCACAAUAUCAACAGCAACAGUUCGAGCAGCAGUUCUAUGGCAAGGGUGGUGCUUCACGCAGAGACACGGCUACGUUUCGCGAUCUGAACCAGGGUCGUCGCAGGAGAGAGGAUUACUACGAGGACGAGGAAGACGAGAACGACUUUCAUGACCAUCGCAAUUAUCAACAGCAGUUCAUUCGGGACCAACAAAAGCAGCAUCAGCAGCCGUUGGAUCUCCGCCGCGAAUUGAUGAACAGCUCACCUCACGAUUCCGGUGCCUUUGCAGAGACACCCUUGUUCGAGUCGGCCGAGAGUGUCUGGAGUGCACCACCUAUUUCGACGAGCAUGUUGGCCGUAGACGAUAUCGGUGGUAUGACUAGAAUGGCGACACACAGUAAUAAUGCCACGCCUACGCCUAUGUCUGUCCAGGAACAGUAUCUUCGUCUGCAUCAAGUUCAUCAACAACAGCAGCAAGCGCAGAAGUCACUGCAGCCCCUGUCCCAGGAUGCCAAUUCUUACGCCGUAGCUUCAACCAUCCACUGGAACCCAUCGACAUCAACCAGCGCUACAUCCACGGACUAA